AUGACUCUCCUCAAUCAAUCUUCACCUGACUUAUUUGCUGACUUUCUACCAAAUAUUUCUACUGGUAGUUCCCCCACUCCCAUUGACCAAGUGAAUUCGUUUACUUCGGAGCUGCCGUACACUGGGAAAAUCGAUGGCAGGCCAUUGGCCAUCCUUUUCUUCAUUUUUCUUAUUAUCUUUGUUAUUCUUCUUGUAAUUAUUCCAAUUGGCGUUCUCAGCUGGGUCUAUGUACGCCGACGAAAACAUGGAACAGGAGACAGUAGCCAGGUGACUGAUUAUAACAAGAAUCUUGCAAUCAGCAGGGUGAGUCGUUGCCUGGUCUGUGAAAGCCAGAUCCAGUAUGCCCUGGAGUACCGCCUAGAGGAGGAGAGUCUACUGCUUGGAGUUAUCGGAUGCAGGAAUCUCGCAGCCCCACCCGGGAACGGUGUGCCAAGCACCUUUGUGCGAAUAUGGCUUGAGACAGUGCCGGCCCAGAACCCUAUGAAGCCACGCUUAGCUGACAUUGCGAACUUCGUCAGCACCGCGGUGGUUUCGGAAACGCGAAAUCCCUGGUUUCGGGAAAUCUUUACCUUCAGUCUUCUGCCAACUGCAAUCAGCAAGACUGUCAUCCACAUGUGCGUGUACCAUUUACAUGCAACAAAAGCAGCUCUGAUUCUAGGCGACCUGGAAGUGGAUCUCAAAAAGACGCCGGUGGGCAAUUAUUUUGGAAAAUAUUGCGAGGUCCAGGAGCCAUUACAAAAGAUGAUCUAUGUAUUUAAAGAGUUUGGACAGUUGUGUGUCGACAUCAAUUAUGAAAAGAAGGCGAACGUGCUUACAGUCCUCAUCCUCGAUGCCAAAGACCUAAGUGAAUUUGUGAAGAAUUCCCAUUUCUAUCCGAAUGUACAAGUGUCUGUGACGCUUCUCUUCGAGGGUAGAAAAAGUAUGAAAGAAGGAACGGCGGUUAGGAGAAACGUGGCCAACCCCUACUUUGGUAGUCUGCUGACCUUCCCUCUGAUGUGCACGAAUAUGGACCUCUUUGCUUUGGAAAUAAAGUUGAAAUACUAUGGGGAAAUGGGCUUAACGAAGACACAUGGGUUUGUUAUAAUUGGCCCCCAUUCUCCACAUACUUCUGGUCGAUCACACUGGAGAGAGGUUGCUGCUCAACCGGGAGAAUCUUUCGGUAUGUGGCAUGCUCUCACAUGCUAUAAACUUACUUAG